CAUGAAGCAAUUGGGUGUGGGCGCUUCAGGUCUGUUUAGCGUUUGGGAAAAAGUUGCUGAAUUAUUUCCAGACUACUGUUCUGAAAUUGAUGCUUUGGCAAGUUUAAUAACCUCACAGAACUAAAGCUGCCACAGCAAAAACCAAAGAUGCCCACUGAACCUGGUGCGGUCCAAAUUGUGACCGUCAAUAAGGAGGAUCACUCCUUUGUUUUGGAAACAAAAGCGCUUGAAGAAAUACUCCUAGCUCCUGAUGUCCGAGAUCUGGAAGUGGUGGUGCUGUCUGUUGCUGGUGCUUUUCGCAAAGGCAAGAGUUUUCUUCUGGACUUCAUGCUUCGCUACAUGCACAGGAAGCCUGGUCAGGACUGGCUUGGUGGGGAGGAUGAGCCCCUCACAGGAUUCUCUUGGAGAGGUGGCUCAGAACCUGAGACCACAGGCAUCCAGCUGUGGAGUAAAGUCUUCACUGUGAGGAAAAGUGAUGGCAAAGAGGUGGCAGUGUUGCUUAUGGACACACAGGGAGCAUUUGAUAACGAGUCCACUGUGAAAGACUGUGCUACAAUCUUUGCCCUCAGCACUAUGACCAGCUCAGUGCAGAUAUACAACCUUUCACAGAAUAUCCAAGAAGAUGACUUGCAGCAGCUUCAGCUGUUCACAGAAUACGGCCGGCUGGCAAUGGAUGAAAUCUUUUUAAAGCCUUUUCAGUCACUCAUGUUUCUGAUCAGAGACUGGAGCUUCCCCUACGAGUACGGCUAUGGAUUGAACGGAGGCAGUCAGUUCUUGGAUAAACGGCUCCAGGUGAAGGAAUCUCAACAUGAGGAGCUACAGACAGUGAGAGAGCACAUUCAUUCCUGUUUCACGUCUCUUUCCUGCUUCCUGUUACCACACCCUGGCCUGAAGGUUGCCACGAGCCCUUCAUUUGAGGGACAACUCUGUGAUGUGGCUCCAGAGUUUAAAACUGAGCUACGCAGCCUCAUCCCCAUACUGUUGGAUCCUGACAGCCUGGCUGUGAAGGAAAUCAACGGCAACAAGGUGACGUGCAGGGGCCUGCUGGAGUACUUCAAGUCAUAUAUCAAAAUAUACCAGGGUGAAGAUCUACCACACCCAAAGUCUAUGCUGCAGGCUACAGCUGAGGCGAACAAUUUGGCAGCUGUGGCAUCUGCUAAGGACCAGUAUUACAAGAAUAUGGAGAAGGUCUGUGGUGGAGAACUGCCCUAUGUGGCACCUGACUCUCUGCUGGAGAAGCAUAACUUCUUCAAAUGCGAAGCUCUCAAUCACUUUAACGGCAUUAAGAAGAUGGGUGGGAAAGACUUCUGUGCCCCUUAUCAGGCUCAGCUAGAGGUGGAGCUAAAUGAACUCUGGGAGUCCUUCAGCAAGCACAAUGAGUCAAAGAACGUUUUCAGCGCAUUCCGCACACCAGCAGUGCUUUUCGUCCUGGUUUGUUUCUUGUAUGUGCUCUCAGCACUUUUACUAUUCAUCGGCCUGAGCAGUGUUUCAUUCACUUGUGACUGUAUGCUGGGUCUGGCCAUGGUAGCUAUGCUUACCUGGGCAUUCAUUCGCUACUCUGGCCAGUACCGAAACGUUGGCACUGCCAUAGACGAGGCAGCUGGAGUGUUACUGGAGCAGGCAACGGGAAUGCUGAAUAAAUCAAGAGCCCAGGCAAUUACGCAAGACAAAAAAUCAAGAUAGCUUUUUUGCCUAAUUAAAGGUUCCAGCUUGAGAUACAGACAGCACAACACACAUUCCAACCGAUCAUUUGACACCAAAUAUUAUGCGCACACUUUCCCAAACGUCACACUUAAACCUGUCUUCUGUUACAACAUAUUUUGUCUUAAAAAAGAUGCAAUCGGUGUAUUUUACCAUAACGAAUGGUACACCACAUUUGACCUGCUCACGUUAAGGUUCUUUCAUGAGGAAUUUGAUUUGAUCGCAGUUGUUUAUUGCAAAAAGCCUAUUAUUCAGAUCCUAUGAAAAUGUACUGAAUUGUAUCCUUCUUAAGGAAAAAUUGUGUUGUCAGGAAGUAUACAUCAGACAACUUGUCAGGCACAAGAUUGCUCUUGUACAAGGUCUAUCCUCCUUAAAGGAGAUGAAAUAAUUUGUUUACAAUUGCUUAUUUUAAUAUUACCAAAGAUUUUGCCCUUUGUAGUAAGACUCACCGGGACCUUUCAUGGCAGUUUGUCAUAUAAGAAGUUGCUGUGGACAUAAUUUCUUUCUCGUAUUUAUAUCUUAACACGACAAGCCAUGACUUUAUUAAAACUCACACUUGAUAUAAUAAGAUCUGGUAUACUGUAAAAGAAAUGUUACAACACUAUGUGUAUCAUUUACAGAGCAUUGUUACUUUAGCACCUGUAUGGGAUUUAUGUGUACAUUCCAUCUUUUCAACAAACUUGAACAUUACAUUUGAUUUGUACUCCUUUGGAGAGGUUUGUUAUUGUCCUGUCUUCUGUUUUGGGAAUUAAAAAUUGUACUCAUCAGGGAACACCUGGCCAUGUUAGCACGUUAAUUUGCAGGGUGUUUUUUUAAAACAACUGUGGUAAGAAAUUGUUUAAAAUUUGGUCUAUAAUUCUAUUGUCGCCACGUGGUAUGUAACCAAAUUAUGAAGCAAUGUGCUGAUGGUCAGUCUGAUUCAGAUUUAGUUUUCUUUUUGUUGGUCGGUUGACAAUAUCGCUGUGGUUUUUUUUUUUUUUUUUUUUAAUAUGCUUUCCUGUAACAGUUAUGCUACUAUGCUGGUUAAACAAGUGAUGCAGUCUUGCACUCUUCUUUGUCACAUUGUUCUUUUCUCAGUUUUCCCCCUUGUGUUUUAAUAUUUGACCCUGGCUGAGUUGGUUCUCUUAUAAGAAAUUAAACACGAUGCGUUUUACCUUUUUUUAAGUUAAACAAGUCUUAUGGAUAAUAUGGAGUUUAGAGAUCAGCCUUAUCUGGGAGCUGUUUUUGUUUUCAGUAAAGAUCUCAGUCAGGUGCCUGCUCGGCUUGCAAGUUACUGAUUUGUCAUUCUUCAUACACAUUUUAUGGCAUCUCAGUCCUCUGUUAUAGCCUCUGCGUGUGUAUAAUAGUUUUCUUCAUUCAUGCAAUGCGAAGGACCAGCUUUAAAACUGCCAAGUGAUCUUGAUAUAUGAAGAGAUCUAUUCAUAUAGCAAUAUUACAUUUCCUUAUGCAUUCCAUUAAUAAAAGUCAUAUGCAUGUGA